AUGGAAAAGAUCACAAUAAGCACAUUGUUGUAAAGAGAGUUGAAAAGAUAUUCAGAUCGAGGAUUAGGUUUGAUAUUCGGUAUAGUUUGGGGAUUAUUGCUACUUAAGUUUGUGCCACCAUUUGCAAGAUUCAUUUGGCCAAUCGCAUUAAAUUUCAUUGCUUAAUAUGAAGUAGAGAGAUGGAAGUUUAUCUUUUACUUUACUUGGCUAUUUAACUGCACUUGGUAUUUUUUCAUCAACUUAUGCUUUUGUUUGAUCUAUAAACUAGAAUGGAAAAUAUUUGAGAGAAGCAGGGUUCAUAAUGAACCUUGGCCUUGGAAGGUAAAUUAAAAAGAGUGGAGAAAGUAACUCAAUAAGACUUUGAAAGUUAUAUUUCUGAAUAAUUUCGUCAUUAUUCCUAGCUUGGUGUUGAUGUAAGCCUAAAUAUUUGGAACUGAGAGCACUUACUCUUUCGAGAUUGAAGAGCUUCCAGAUGCUAAAACAUUCUUCCUUCAAACUACUUUCUGCAUGUUGCUAGAAGAUUUUUUAUUUACUCUGUCUCAUAGGUUACUCCAUAUCCCUUUCUUUUACAAAAGGGUUCACAAAUAGCAUCAUCAAUACAAUAUAUCGAUUGGAAUCUGUGCUGAAUACGCUCAUCCUAUUGAGUUUGUGUUUGGAAAUUCAAUUCCAUUCGCUAUUCCAUGCUUGAUUCUCGGAAGAAAAAUGCAUGCCUUCACUUAUUUGCUUUGGAAUGUAUACAGAGUAGCUAAUACAGUUUAUGGUCACUCAGGAUAUGAAUUUGAUUGGGUAUUCUCAGAUCUUUUACCAUUCAUGGCUACAGCAAGAUAUCAUGAUUUUCAUCACAGUCACAAUGUUGGUAAUUACAGUGGAUCAUUCAUUUUCUGGGACAUUAUAUUUGAAUGGAAUAAAGAUUACUAUAAGCAUUACGCUAAGAUAGAAUAAUAAUCUAAAUAGACAAAAACUGAAUGA